AGUAUUGGCACAGGAAAGUGUGGAGUUGAGGGGAGGGGGUGAGAGGAGGGGGAUGUUAAAGUAAAAUGGGCUAAGUGAACUGUCACAGUCCACUGACUAUCUUCAGACGUGGAGUGAGAACGAUGGAGAAGUAGAGUAAAACAUUGUGACUCAAAGUAACAGCAAAAGAGUCAGAGAGGUACAGGGAGGGAACAACAAGGAAACAGAAAGUAACACCACACUAAGAAACUAAGACGAUAAGGAGACCAUAAAGAGAGAAAAGACGAAGGGUGAUAGAGAGAUCCUGAGUUCAAACAGGUAUGGAGCUCCAGACCAGUCCAGUCAUUGGAUCACUGCUGCUCAUGCUGCUACUUCUGGGGUUAGAACACUGCCUUAAUGCCUCUGCUGCUUCUUCCAAGAACCGGUGUGACAAGACAACUCUAGUGAUGACCAAGACAGACUGCCACUCAUGUAGUAUGAGUUCAAAUGUGGGCUGUCCUGCCGGCUUCAGCAAGAAGAGCAUUGGCAAGGGAAACCCAGACUGCAAGUACCGUGUGAGUACCAUGGCAACCCAGGUGCUGUCUAUAAGUGGCUGUUCUCAUGAAUGUUUCAAGGAGGUGGUGGAGCCACAGUGCUGUCCAGGCUACUGGGGAGUGGACUGCAUUGAGUGCCCACAGGAUGCAGAGAGACCCUGCAGUAAUAAUGGAGUGUGUUCUGAAGGCAUGGGCGGCAAUGGCACCUGCAGCUGUAAGCCAGGCUUUGUGGGAACUGCAUGUGAAGACUGUGCAGAUAAUCUUUAUGGUCCAACCUGUAGCUCUGCCUGUAAGUGUGUGCAUGGUCUCUGUAGUGCUGGUAUCCACGGUGAUGGGAAAUGCACCUGUUUCUCUGGGUAUAAAGGCCAAAAUUGUGACCUGGAGCUGCCAGAAUGCUCUGCUCUGCAAUGUCCUGAGAACACUCGCUGUAUUCAGAGUACACUUGAUGGGUCACUGCGCUGUCAGUGUCUACCUGGCUACCAGACCCUUGGAAACCAAUGCAUAUCCAUUAACCCAUGCAUGCAGCAAGUGUGCCAUGUCCAUGCCACCUGUGCCCAUGUUGGGCCCAGCAAGCACUUGUGUACCUGUGCCCAGGGCUACAGCGGAGAUGGUCAUGUGUGUGUACCAAUAGACCCCUGCCAAACAAACCUAGGAGGUUGCUCUGAUGACUCCGCCCACUGUGUUUAUGAUGGACCAGGGAAGUCUCACUGUGAGUGUCAGGAUGGGUUUGACCACCUGGCAGGAGGGGUGAGCUGUAGCCUCAAGGAUGCGUGCAGACCAGACUCCUGCAGCAAAAAUGCCAGAUGUUCUACAGUAGAGCCGAACGUAGUUGAGUGCACGUGUCACAAGGGUUACCUAGGAAAUGGCAAGAUUUGCUAUGGCAACAUUAUGCAACGUCUGAACGAUCUGAACACAGAGCCUGGGGGCCAGUGGACUGGUCAACUCAGCAAUGCUAUCACAUUUUUUGGUACCAUUUCCUGGCCCCUGAGCAACUUAGGCCCCUUCACAGUCUUUGUCCCAGUCAACAAGGGCUUUAAAGGAACUCCGCUGAAUACACUAAUGGCUGACCAACUGAAGUACUUGUGUAACCUGCAUAUUGUUGCUGGGGAGAUGCCCUAUGACACGCUGAAAAGAGGCGAUAUUUACUACACUCUGACGGGCAAGUCAGGGGAGACAGUGACAACAGAAGAUGAUAAACAGCUCAAGAUCCGUAUACAUGGCAGCAGGAAGAAGGGGGGUGUCCUGCAGUCUGAUGUCAUUGCUUCCAAUGGGAUAAUCCAUAUUAUCAACAAGUUGAUGGACAGUGUCUCACCGACAGUGGAGAGCAAUAAAAAGGAUAAUCUGAUGAAGAUUAUAUCAGGCUAUGGGAAAUUUUCAAAGUUCAAGGAUUUAUUGAUGAAAACAGGAGUUGAUUUAGUAUUGAAGGGGAAUAUGCCCUCCACCAUCUUUGCCCCUACCAACACUGCCUUUGAUGCUAUGAAGGAGGGACAACUGGACUAUCUCAGAUCUAUGGAGGGUAGCACAAAACUUCUGACAUUUGUGAGGAAUCAUGUGGUCUCCUCAUACCAGCUGGAUGUCUAUAAUGCUGUGUCCAGCCAUCGGGCUAGGACCAUGGCCAAUCACAUGCUGUCCUUUAAUGUGUCUGAAAAUGGCCAACUCCUGGUGAAUGGCAUAGCAGUACUGGAGGCAGAUGUGGAGGCCAAUUAUGGAUGCCUUUAUUCUCUCGACGGAGUUGUGAUCCCGCCCUCCAUCGAACCAAUACUGCCCCACCGUUGUGACAUCACAGAAAGCAAACUUGUCAGGGGUAACUGUGUCAGCUGCAUGAAAGUGACCAAAUCCACCUGCCCCUCGGGAGUCUCUACAAAUACCUUUGCUCGCGACUGUGUGUUCCGGGACAAGUUGGGUUUCAACAUCCCUACAUUUGGCUGCAGCCUUGUAUGCAACAGCACCAUAACGACACAGUUGUGCUGUAAAGGGUUCUAUGGGCCAGACUGCAGUCCUUGUCCUGGGGGAUUCAACAAUCCCUGCUCUGGCCAUGGGCAGUGUUCUGAGGGGAUUGAGGGAAACGGUACAUGUGUCUGUGAGACCAACUUCAAAGGCUCCCGCUGCCACUACUGUUCUGACCCAAACAAAUACGGUCCAGCCUGCACCAAAACCUGUGAGUGUAUCCAUGGCAUGUGUGAUAACCGUCCCGAGGCUGAUGGCCGUUGUAAAAUAGACUCCUGCAAGCUGGGCUAUACUGGCCAGUAUUGUGAACGUCAAACUAAGCCCUGUGGCCCGUUGGUGACCUUUUGCCAUGCUCACGCAGAGUGUGACUUCAAUGGAGGUCAAGUAAAGUGUGUGUGUAAGCCUGGUUUCCAAGGUGAUGGGAUCACAUGUGAGGAUACGGACCCCUGUGCCUUGCCAUACCGUGGAGGCUGCGACUUGAAUGCCAAGUGUAUAAAAACAGGGCCUGGCUCACACACAUGCCAGUGUUUGGCAGGAUGGAGGGCUGACGAGGAUGGGUGCCAGCCUAUCAAUGACUGCUUGGGCCCUGACAGAGGGGGCUGCCAUCCUAAUGCUACAUGCAUCUACGUGGGCCCUGGCCAGAGUGGCUGUGCAUGCAAUCGUGGGUUCCGUGGUAAUGGGAUGGAGUGUGUGGCAAACAAUCCGUGCGUGACACAAUAUGGAGGCUGCCACUAUCUGGCAAGCUGUCUCUAUAUUUCUGGUGCAUGGAAGUGUGUUUGCGAUGAUGGAUACACAGGUAAUGGGGAGGUGUGCUAUGGCACCGUGGGACAGGUGUUGAUGGUGCUUCAUGGUGUUACUGAAUUUGCUAAAUGGGUGAUGGACACAGGUAUGUACCAGCUGCCGAGCAUAAUAGGUCAGAACAUAACUGUCCUAGUGCCAUCUACAGCAGCCGUGGAUAAGAUGAACAAAGAGGACAAGGACUAUUGGACAACACAGGGAAACCUGCCCAGUAUCAUCAAAAAUCACAUGAUCCUAGGUAUCUACUCACUGGCUGACCUACGCAAUACAUCCUCCACCUUGCAGAUCACAUCCCUACUAAAGAAAGCUCUUCCUGUAACUACAACCAAUGAGGUCACAGUGAUUGGAGGAGCCACCAUAACAACUGCAAAUGUGGCUUCAACCAAUGGAAUGAUACACAUAAUUGACAGAGUGUUGGUCCCAGAAAGAGGUCUCAGUGAGGGGUUACUGGAGUUGCUUGGACAGAGGCCAGUGUUCUCGCUGUUCAGAAGUUUCCUUAUUCUUCACAACCUGACAGAUGAGAUAGAACAGGCUUCGGCUUACACAGUGUUUGCUCCAACAGACAGCGCCAUACUUGAGUAUCUCAAGAAUACUGCUUUACACACUAUGGACCUGAAUACAACACGGUACCACAUCGUUCUCUCUGAGAGGUUAAUGAGUGUAGACCUACAGGGUGGAACCUACAAGGAGAGUAUGCUGGGUUUUUCUUACCAGCUAGGCAUCUUACCAAGGGAUGGCAAGUUGUUUGUGAAUGAGGCCCAAGUAAAUGUGUCAGACAUCCAGAGUGGUAAAGGGGUGAUUCACGGCUUAUCUGCAGUUCUGGAGAUCAUAAAAAAUCGGUGCGACAACCAGCAAAUCAAGACAUUCCAGGGGACAUGUCAAGACUGCUUUUACCCAGAAGAAAAUCCAUGCCCGACCGGAUCUACUCCAAUGACAUUUGUUAGGAAGAAGUGUAUGUUUAGUCGGGUCUUCCAGGGAGAACGGCUGCUCAGCAUCGGCUGCAGGACCAUUUGCAAGAACACUACAAUUAUGCGGAAUUGCUGUGGCGGAUUCUACGGGGAGCAAUGUGAGCAGUGUCCAGGGCCCAAAGGCCAGCCCUGCUAUUGGAACGGCGUGUGCCAGGAUGGGACCAAUGGUACAGGGGUGUGCCAGUGUAGCAAAGGCUUUAGUGGGACUGCUUGCGAAACUUGCCAGGAGGGCAAAUACGGCAUUCACUGUGACCAAGACUGUAAGUGUGAGAAUGGCAGAUGCAACGACGGUAUCCAUGGAGAUGGGACAUGCGAGUGUGACGCGUAUUGGAGAGGAGUAACCUGUAAUGAAAAGUUCACUAAAGAAAACUGUGGUGACAAAAAUUGUCACACUAGUGCAAUUUGUGUAUUCGAAAUCGGUAUAGGCACAUACUGUAAAUGUUUGGCGGGGUUUGAGGGCAACGGCACUGACUGCAAAGCAAAAGACGCCUGCAAAGACAAUAAUGGAGGUUGUAGUUCCCAUGCUUUGUGUAAGAGGACUCUCCCAGGACGCAGGCAGUGUGUGUGCAUCACAGGAUAUCAUGGCGAUGGGAUGGUGUGUGUACAAAUCAACCCCUGUCUGGAUGGUAAAGGAGGCUGCCAUGUAAAUGCUGACUGUAUUCAUACCGGACCUAACAAAACGUUGUGCGUGUGUAGCCAAGGCUACAAAGGAGAUGGGAAAGAUUCUUGUAUGGCUAUUAAUCUCUGUCGGAAGAAAAACGGGGAAUGCCACAGGUAUGCCAGGUGUAACAUGACUGGUCCAGGGGAACGCAGCUGUGAGUGUAUGGAUGGAUACGUGGGCAACGGUAUUACUUGCAAAGGAACUGUUGGCAGGGAGCUACUUACACGGAAGCUAAGGGAAUUCUACCUUAUGGGGAUGAUGGCAGAUGUGUCUCUGAAGGGGCGGGGUCCAUACACAGUCUUUGCUCCAACGGCUGAGGCUUUCGCCAAGGAUGAUAUGGUGAAAGACCUGCGGAGUUUCAGCAAAAAAGGGAAGGGUAUCAACAUUGUUCGUUAUCAUAUUGUAUCAUGUCACACUCUACUGGCCAGUGACUUGACCAUGUCCCGAAACCUGACCACACUCACGGGAGAUGUGUUGACCAUCACCUACUCUGAGGGUACCAUUCUAAUUAAUAACAAGGUUAAAGUGGUGCACAGUGAUGAUCCAAGCACUAAUGGAAUCAUCCAUGAGAUUGACACUGUCAUGAUACCAGAGAAUCUAAGGAAUUUUGAUGAGACAGAGGAGCCAAUGAACCUCACUGACGUGGCUGAUCACAAUGGUUACAAGACCUUCUACAAACUACUGGAGGCCACAGAGGUGAUGGACAUGGUGAAUGACCCAUUCCACCAGCCCAUUACAAUAUUCCUGCCCUCAGACCAAGCCAUGGCUGCCCUACCUCAGAAGCAGAAAGACUUCCUGUACGACCCACAGAACCAAGGACACCUGCUGGAAUACCUGACGUACCAUAUCAUCAGAGACACCAAGGUGUAUGCAGCAGAGCUGGUCCACAUGGACCCAAUACGUACACUCCAGGGAUCAGAACUCAAAGCCAGCUGUGGAGGGAUGGACAAAAUAGGUGAAAUCUUUUUCAACAAUGGGAACUGUCGCAUUAUCCAAAGGCAUCUCCCAUUCAUCGGAGGAAUAGCCUAUGGUAUCGACUGUUUACUAGAUCCACCAAGUUUAGGGGGACGCUGUGACAAAAAGGGAACUGUGGAUAUCCCAUUACAAUGUGGAUUUUGCUCAUCAUCAAAUCGUUGCCCUUCUGGGUCCAUAGUCAAGGAGUUGAAAAAAUGUGAUCUGCCCACCAUAGUGAGUUUAAAUAAAGGAUGCCAAUCCAUUUGUACUUUUGUUCUCUGGCAACCCAAGUGCUGUGAUGGCUUCUAUGGGCGCGACUGUCUGGUUUGUCCUGGCGGAAAUUCAUCUCCCUGUUUUAACCGUGGAAAAUGUGACGAUGGUCACCUAGGCAACGGCAACUGCACAUGUGAUGCUGGUUUUCAGGGUGAUGCCUGCGAGUUGUGUACAGAUGGCCACUAUGGACCAGACUGCAAAGUGUGUAACUGCACAGAGCAUGGGUCAUGUGAAGAUGGAAUUAAAGGUUCAGGCUCCUGUUUCUGUGAUCAGGGCUGGACCGGACAGCACUGUGAAACACAACUAGCGCUGGGUCCUGUCUGCUCCCAAGCCUGCUCUCCAAAUGGCGUAUGUAAAGAAAACAACACCUGUGUGUGUAAACCUUAUUACGAGGGAGAUGGACUCACCUGCACAGUGGCCAACCUGUGUAAGUACUGGAAUGGUGGCUGUGUCAACGGAGCCACAUGCAGUCAGAAGGGGGUGAAGGUGAUCUGUACCUGCCCUAAGGGACACUCAGGGGAUGGCUUUUUCUGUCAACCCAUAGACCCCUGCUCUGUUGACGACAAUGGGGGUUGCCACGAGCAUGCCACCUGUACCAUGACUGGGCCGGGUAAGAAGAAGUGUGCAUGCAAGGAUAACUAUAUAGGAGACGGUAAGACAUGUGAGGUGAAGGAGCUUCCUCUGAACCGUUGUCUCCAGGAGAAUGGGCAGUGCCACUCUGAUGCCCAAUGUACUGACUUACACUAUGAGGACAGCACAGUUGGUGUGUUCCACUUCCGAUCCACAAAGGGACAGUAUAAACUUAACUACACAUCUGCCCAAGAUGCCUGCACAGGAGAGGAUGGAAUCAUCGCUACUUACACACAGCUCUCCUAUGCACAGCAGGCUGGGUUCAACCUGUGUGCGGCUGGCUGGCUUGACCAGGCCAGAGUGGCUUACCCCACCACCUACUCCAACCCCAAGUGCGGGUUUGGUCAUGUGGGCAUCGUAGACUAUGGUGUUCGCAGCAACCUCAGUGAGACUUGGGACGCCUUCUGCUAUAGGGUCAAAGAGGUGAAAUGUGAGUGUAAAACAGGUUACAUUGGAGAUGGAUACUCCUGCACUGGAACUCUCCUUCAGGUCCUUACUGAGAAGCCAACUUUCUCCAACUUCCUGUCUCAAAUCCUAAACUACUCCCAGAUCUCUGAGUCUGGAAAACAGUACAUUAGCCAUCUAAGUAACCUGACCAUCCAGUCCACUUUGUUUGUUCCAGAUAACACUGGCCUAUACCAGAACCAGACACUGACACACAGGGAUAUAGAGUACCAUUUGGCUGUGGGCCGAGCCUUGGCCCUAAAAGAUCUGACAAAUGGCAGCCGUAUCCGCACCCGGCUGGGCCAAAGCCUCACUGUCCUGGGUAUCGCUGACUUCCUCAACCCCAAGUCCCUGAGUUCCUCUCGUUACAUCAACGACCGCUUCAUCAUAGAUUCUGAUAUCCUGGCGUCCAACGGGAUCAUUCACGUGCUGCAGGGUCCACUUAAAGCCCCACCCUCUCAGACAGUACUCCCUCCGGGUCACAAGGCAGGAAUGGGCAUCGGAGUCGUGCUGCUGAUCAUUCUGAUGGCUGGGGCAGGGUUUGUUGGCUAUCACUUCUACACCCACAAUACCAAACCCUUCCAGUUCCAUUACUUUAAGGAGGAUGAAGAUGAGACGCCUCCAGACUGCAACCCAGCCAUCGGCAACCCAAGUAUAGUUAACCCCAUUUAUGACUCAGCCCCUGCCCCAAGUGAAACUGGCUCGUCAGAGGUCCCUGAGGGCAAGCACCAGUUGGUGGAGAGUGGCUCAUAUGACCUGCCCCAGGACCGCUGACUGACUCAUCAGUGAUCAUGGUCCUCUGUCUCUGUCCUCUGGUAGAGCUGUGAAGACUGCUGCUGCAUUCUGUGCACGUUAACCAGGGGACACACUCUAAGACCAUCUUUGGACUAUUUUCUGAAACAUUGAGUGCUCCUGAAGAAAAAAAUUAAAUAAACACUCAUUAUGGAAUUCCUCAUUGUCUGUUCAUGUUACCCAUUUCUGUGGCACAAGGAAGAACAUUUACAUUGAAGACUGUAUUUGAACAAACUAAAAAGUAUUUUAAGAAGUCUGCUGUCAGAAGGUUCACACACAAUUUCUAAUCUUUAUUACAAGUACAGUAUGAAAAAGCAAUAACCAGCUGCAAGAUGCAUGUUUCCAUCAUUACAAAAUAAUAACUUUUCAGCAAACAUGAAAUAUUUCCACUCAAAUAACCAGUAUACACCCAUUCAUCUAAAUUUUAACCACAUUUAAAAAUAUCAGUCCAAAUAUACUAAACAAAUUCAUUUUGCUGCCAUGCCCUAACCCU